GAGGCUAAUUCACCACAGCUGUCCUUCAUGGUUGUCAAAGUUGGAGAAAGAAAUUUGUUUUCUGUGAGUCUUCAGGCAGCUUUUGAGCCACUGCCGCUGGUGAAAAGUGUGCAGUGAGUGUGAAAAUGUCGUCGUCUCUGGGCGUGGAGUGUCCAUCCACUCCCGAACACCUGGAUCUGCCACCGACUCCGGACAGAAAUGAUGUCCACGACUUGAACUCACCACAGGCCUCUGACCAGGAACCCGAGGAGACACCAGCUUCGCCGCCACCAAACUGCGCUAUCUGUCUUGGCCAGUGUCGCAACAAGAGCUUCACGGACUCCUGCCUGCACCAGUUCUGCUUCAAGUGUCUCCUGGAGUGGAGCAAGGUGAAAGCCGAGUGUCCGCUCUGCAAGCAGGCCUUCAAGUCCAUCAUUCACAACGUGCGCAGCAUAGAUCAGUUCGAUGAGCACCUGGUACACCCGCAGCAGUCAAUCCUGCAACGCCUGGACUUCCUGCUCUCCGAGCCGCCGCGCUUCAGAUUCAGUGCCACUCUUCAGGUGGGUCCAUCCGAGAAUGAGGCCAUCCAGCGCUUCUUCGCGCCCACCGGGAACAGAUUCGUGCAGCCCUACCGCUUCCGGCAGCUCGUCUACGCCAACCAUCUGUACGCCGAGCCACUCACGGACAUCACGGGGCGCUACCGGGAGUGCACGGCCAUGUUCUACAGAGACAAUCCGGCGCAGAUCCACCGCCUGAUGCCAUUCAUAUCGCGAGAGUCGCGCAGCCUGCUGGGCACGGAGGAGCAAGCCUCGUCGGCGGUGUCACAGAUCCUCGUCCUCCUCACGCUGCACGACAUCACAUCGCCGGGAUUCCGCAGUCGAAUACGCCACAUCUUCGGCGAGAACACGGAUCACUUCAUCCACGAGCUGUACAACUUCGCCCAGGCGCCCUACGAUCUCAUCGGCUACGACAACCACGUGCGCUACGUCGGGCGCAACGGGGCGACCAGCUCCGAGUCCCGGCGGCCGCACAACAUUCCCCUGCGACUCAGUGCGCCCUUCGAGGACGACAGCGUCCGGAUGAUGGUGCCGCCCGAGGAUGUGGCGCCGCCGCCGAUUCUGCCGCAGAGCAGCAGCCAGGCCGCGGCGCGCAACUCGGUGAUCUUCCAGUUGGGCAGGAACAUCGAGAUCAGCUCCACGUCCGCGUCGGACAGCGACGAUUGCCAGUUCGUGCUGGAGCUGAAGCCGCCUCACCUGCGAACGCCCGAGCUGGUGAGCCUCAACUCAGAGUCUGACAGCGAUGUGGUGUUCGUGGAUGAGACGCGGACGUCGCCGAAGCCCACGGCGGCGGCGGAGCCUCAGCAGGGACCGUCGGGGGACAACCCGGUGGCCUCGUCGUCCACCCAGACGCCGCUCACGACGAUGCCGCUGAUCCCGAAGCUGCGCAUCCGGGCGUUUCACACGGCCCAGGCGCGCAUCUGUCACACGGACGACUCGGAGGGCGAGGAGGUGAAGCCCUCGGGCAUUGUGCUGCAGGACGAGGGCAGCAGCGAGAGUCUGCUGGGCGCGCGCGCGAAACCAUCCACGUCGCGCCGGCGACUGAGAAAGGCGCGCACGCACAGACUGUCCUCCUCGUCAUCGGCGUCUUCGGACUCGUCCACGGAGGAGUCGUCGUCAGACUCGAGCUCCUCGUGUGACAAUCGCGUGGCGGCGCUGAAGAAGCGGAAGCACACAAUGUCCACCAGCACGUCGUCAAACUCCUCGUCGCUGGACGAGUCGAGUCACGAGGAGUUCAUGGUGACGUCGAAGACGCGGAAGAAAAAGCACUUCACGAGCUAUCGCAAGAAGCGCCCUGUCCGGAAGGAGGAGUCCAGCGACGAGGACACGCUCAGGAAGACCACGAAGGCUGGCAAGAGACGCAAGGCUGAUCGUCGGGCCUUCAAGCGCAUCAUGAGCAUGAGGAAAACAGCCCGCAAGAUUCCCGACAGCGACAACUGAAGUCCAGGCAAGUUCAUUCUGCGAAAACUCUUCACAUUUAGAGAGAGAAGAAAAAAACACAAACUCAAUCUCACGAAUGACAAUUUAUUAUACAUAGAAAAAACAAAUGGAAAUUCCGCGUGAGUGGCGCGCGUGCGUGAGCAAUAUUUUGCUACUUAAGUGAAGAAAAAAUGUUGACUUUUCUGGGAAAUUUCAUUGUAAUUGUGAAUUAAAGGACAAAAACUUGAGACGAGUUGAAUUGACAGUUUUCUUUUUGGUGGAUAAAAAUUAUAUAGAAAAGCAUUAAAACGGAAAGGAGAUUGAGAAAUAAAUUGUGCAACAUUGAUGAGAAUUCUUACAUUUUGGCGAGAAUCAAUUGCGGUGAAUCAACAAGUGAUGCAAAGCUUUCAAUUUAUCAGUUUUCCUCACAAAUAAAAUUCUCUACUUUAAUUUUAAACACACAAACAUUUUGCUGGUCAAGUGUUGAAGAUUGGAAAACCAAGUAAAGAUUUUUAAGAUGAAAUAUCAGAGGAAUUGUAGAAAUUGUAAUUUUUAGAUAAAAAAAAUAGAUUUUAAUUAAUAUAAAAAUUUAUCUUCAACAUUUGACCAAAGUUGAGAAAAGAAAAAGAAACUCUUUUGUGAGUUAUUUUAUCGAUUUUAUCCCAAAUAUUUUCAUCCAAUUUGUCUGAUAAGAGUUAGUUUAACAAAAAAAAAAUCUCCAGUUUUAUUUCACAGAGAGAUUAUUUAAUUAAGUGUAUUGUAUAAUUUCCAUUUUAAUGUAUCAAAAUAUAGUGAUUUUUAAGGGUAAAUGAUCAAUUUUUCUACUUGAUUUGAUUUCUUUCUAUGAUUUUGCUGUGUUUUUCUGUUAAAUUAGAGCUUUUUUCACCCAUUUUCUCUAACCAAAUCUAGACUUACCUUGAGAAGAAUGAUUUAA